GUCUCUUCCCGCACCUGCAGCUGCGGAGGAUGGGGGACACCGCGGGCACCUACCGCGCCCUGCCCCCGAAGCCGGGGACUCCCCUGGGCGCCCACACCCUGGAGCCCAGGGCUCCCCAUGAGCGGGAGCGGCGCCUGCUCCUCAGUGUCCAGCUGCUGGACGGCUCGGUGGAGACCUUCGGCGUGGAGCCCAAGGGCUGCGGCCAGGCCUUGCUGACCCAGGUGUGGAAGCGGCUGAACCUGGCGGAGGGCGAGUACUUCGGGCUGGAGCUGCAGGACGCGCGGGGCUCUUGGGUGUGGCUGGAGCCCGGGAAGCCUGUGGCCAGGCAAGUUCGAAGGUUGAAGAACGCUAUGCUGCGCCUGGCCGUGAAGUUUUUCCCGCCGGACCCUGGCCAGCUGCAGGAAGAGCACACUCGGUACCUGUUUGCUCUCCAGCUGAAGAGGGACCUCCUGGAGGGGCGUCUGGUCUGCUCGGACACCACGGCCGCCCUCCUCACGUCCCAUCUGCUGCAGGCUGAAAUAGGGGAUUACAACGAGGCCCUGGAUCGGGCGCACCUCAGAGCCAACGCGUACCUGCCCGGCCAGGAGCGAGCUCUGGAGACGGUGCUCGAGUUCCACCGCCGGCUGGCGGGCCAGACGCCAGCCGAGUCCGACUUCCAGGUACUGGAGAUCGCGCGCAAGCUGGCCAUGUACGGGGUGCGCCUUCACGCCGCCUCCGACAGGGAGGGCGCCAGGAUCCACCUGGCGGUGGCCCAUGCGGGCAUCCUCGUGUUCCAGAACACCACCAAGAUCAACACCUUCAACUGGGCGCGGGUCCGCAAGCUGAGCUUCAAGAGGAGGCGGUUUCUGGUCAAGCUGCAUCCCGAGGUCCAGGGGCCUCACCAGGACACGCUGGAGUUCCUGCUGGGCAGCAGGGACGCCUGCAAGAACUUCUGGAAGGCCUGCGUGGAGCACCACAGCUUCUUCCGGCUCUGCGAGCAGCCCCAGCCCAGAGCCAGGGUCGUGCUCUUCAGCAGGGGCUCCUCCUUCAGAUACAGCGGCAGGACCCAGAAGCAGCUGGUGGACCGCGUCAGGGACGCUGGGGCCAAGAGAGCCCCCCAUGAGAGGAGACGCAGCAGGACGCGGACUCCCGUCCCCGCUCCGACGGCCGAGGUGCCGCGGCAGAGCAUGUUGCUCACCGAGGGCGCGACGCCUGCUCCCCCGUCCUCGGCCAGCAGCCCCUUCUGUGCGGCCCCUGCGGGCCAGCCCAGCCUGACGGACGUUGGCGGCCCCCUUCCCAAGCCCGGGGCGCUCCCCACCCUCGGGAGGCCAGCUGCAGAGAGGAGCCCUGGCGCCGGAGGCCCCGAUGGCGGCUGUGCCCCGCCGGCCCCCAGCCACGGUGUCAGGGCUUGUCUGGAGCCGGGGGGCGGCCCCCGGGGGCCUGCAGGAUGGCAGGCCAGUGGCCCCGUGGGCUCGUCCCCUGCCGAGGGGGCGCCCCGGGGUGGCCAGGCCGGCCGUGGGCUGGGCCCUGCUGUGAUGCUGACGCUCCAGGUGCUGGAGGAAUUCAUUGACGACGACCCGGCCGACAUCGCCUUCCACGCCGGGGCCUUCCCCGCCCCCCUCGGCCGCUCGCGCCCCCGGGGGCCUCCCUCCCGGCCCAGCCCCGACCCCGGCUCCUCGGAGGCCGGCUCUGAGUCCGAGGAGGAAGGGGCUUUCGGGGGGGGCAUGCACCCCGCGGACACGGCCGAGCUCCUGGAGGUGAAGGCCCGGGCCAGCCUGAUGCACAGCCUGCUGGGCCCCUCGGAGACCAGCUCGCUGGGAAACAACGGCUCGCGGGCCAGCUCCCUGAGCACCCUGCCCCUGCCCGGCGGGCUCUCCGCGCACUCACCCAGCUCGGCCGCCCCUUCCGAGGCCAGCUCCACGGCCGCCCGCCCCGCCUGCUCCGUGCACUCCCAGUGCAGCUGCGCCAUCCCGUUCUGCGAUGUCCUGGACCAGCUGGAGCAGCUCAGCCGCCCGCCUGCCGCGGCGGAGGACUCCAGCAGCCCAGACAGCGACUCCUGGGGUGCUGAGGCCGAGUCCCCCCAGCACGUGAGCCUCUUCUUGGGCGGCCCCUUUGCACAGACCAGCGGGGAGGCGGUUGCCUUUGAUUUCCAGAGUAAGCUGAAGAGUCUGACUGCAGGAGAGGGGCCAGAGCAGAGCCCUUCCUGA